AUGAGAAUCACAGCUACAAUUCUCUGCCUCCUUCUCGGCACUGCUGCUGCAUUGCCUGACCUCGACUCCCGGAGGAUAAGGCAUGUUUGUGCCGGUGCCCUGGACAACUUGUAUGAGCGUAUCCAAGAUCAGAAGAGAUGGUGCCAGAAUCCCAAGGACAAGUUGUGUCCCGUUGGCAAGGCCAAUUGCAGAAAGCUGCAGUGUGUUGACGCAUGCAAAGUCGAGGGUAGAACAUGUUCUCCAACAUGCCCCCCUUAA